CCAGGCGGCCUUGUCCAUUUCCCACAUGCUGACCGCAAAACCCCUUUCACUGACUGACCCUCAGCACCCAACACACCUCACACAGCGUCGAAACACGAACGCGGCUCUCGUUUCCAUAUCGAACCGCAUCUAACGCUAACCCAAAUCCGCCCUCAUCGUCAAAAUGGCUCGCGGAAACCAGCGCGACAAGGCUCGCGAGGCCAACCAAAAGAAGCUGGCCGCCUCGAAAAAAUCUCACGGUAUGAGCGGUAGCGAGCUGGCCAAGGCGAAGGAGGUUGCGGCGCAAAAGAUGCGCGAGAAGCAGGCAGCCGGUACGCGCCGACCGUCACCCCGAUUGCGAACCUCACCCGGCCGCUCCGACCGGCCAUACUGACCCAGUUUCUAGCCGAUGCAAAGAAAGCCGAGACCUCCACUGCUAAGAAAUGAAUGACGAGCCACCAUCAAUGACCGAAACGACAUCCUUCACUACCUACACAUUCCACAUAGCGACCGCGUUCUUCCUGCCCAAGGUGAACUGUA